AAAACCUUGCACAAACAAGACUUGCUUUUCUUAUUUUGGUUUUAUCCCCAUCCCAUGUAAUCUCAACUAUAUUUAAAACCUUCCUGAUAGCUAGCACUUUGUAUAUAAAUCCUUGCUGAUAGCUAGCACUUUGUAAUAAACCAAGCUAGUAGCUACUUUAAUCUCUAUGGAUUCUCAAAUUUUAGACUUAUUAGCCCUUGUCUCCCUUUUCCUCUUCAUCCUUGUGUCACUAAGUAUUGGGAGGAAUCUCAUGAAAAAAGGCUCAGCUCCAAACCUACCCCCAGGACCAUGGAAGCUACCUAUUAUAGGACACAUACACCAUCUAGUUACCUCUACACCGCAUCGAAAACUAAGAGACUUGGCUAAAAUACAUGGACCCUUGAUGCAACUACAACUUGGAGAGAUCUGUGCAGUUGUUGUUUCCUCACCAGAUUAUGCUAAGGAAGUACUUAAGACCCAUGAUAUCGUAUUUGCAUCUAGGCCUAAAAUUGUAGCUGCGGAUAUACUAUCAUAUGGAUGCACAAAUAUUGCAUUUUCACCUUAUGGAAAUUAUUGGAGAAAACUGAGAAAAAUAUGCACAAUGGAGCUUCUCACCCAAAAACGUGUCAGUUCAUUUCAGCCAAUAAGAGAAGAAGCGCUAACAGAUCUCAUCAAAAAGAUUGAUUCACAGCAAGGGUCACCCAUCAAUAUCACUAAACUUGUAGUUUCAUCAACAUUUUCUAUCAUUGGAAGGGCUGCAUUUGGCAACGAAUGCAGAGUCCCAGAAGAGCUUGCUUCUUUGGGAAAUGGAGAAUCAGUUGCUGGUGGUUUUGACAUUGCUGAACUGUUUCCUUCAGCUAAAUGGGUCCAACUUGUUUCUGGUUUGAGGCCAAGACUUGAGAGGUUGCAUAGACAAAUUGACGAGUUACUAGAAAAAGUCAUCAUUGAACAUAAAGAAGCAAAGUCAAAAGCAAAACAAGGCCAAGGUGAAGCAGACGAAGAUCUAGUCGAUGUUCUUCUAAAUUUUCAAGGUGGUAAUGAUAGUGAUGAAGAUAUAUGCUUAACUGACAACAACAUCAAAGCUAUAAUCCUGGACAUCUUUGGUGCUGGAGGUGAUACAUCAGCUUCUACCAUAGUUUGGGCGAUGUCAGAGCUGAUAAGAGAUCCAAGAGUGAUGAAGAAAGCACAACAUGAAGUGAGAGAAAUCUUCAACACGAGAGGAAAUGUUGGUGAAAACUGCAUAAAUGAACUCGAAUAUUUGAAGUCAAUUGUGAAAGAGACGUUAAGACUGCACCCUCCGGCUCCUCUUUUACUUCCAAGAGAAUGUGGACAAGCAUGUGAGAUAGAUGGGUAUCAUAUCCCAGUCAAAACCAAAGUGAUAGUCAAUGCAUGGGCAAUUGGAAGAGAUCCAAAGUAUUGGACUGAACCAGAGAGAUUCUAUCCGGAGAGAUUCAUUGGUAGCUCGAUUGACUACAAAGGGAGUAAUUUUGAGUACAUUCCAUUUGGUGCUGGAAGAAGAAUGUGCCCGGGGAUCACAUUCGGUUUGAUAAAUGUUGAGCUAUCCCUUGCAUUCUUGUUGUAUCACUUUGAUUGGAAGCUUCCCAAUGGGAUGAAAGGUGAGGAUUUGGACAUGGCUGAGCAAUUUGGAGCGACUAUCAAAAGAAAAGAUGAUUUGUACUUAAUACCCACUGCUCCUAUUCCUUCUGUGGUUUGAUAAACCAUACAAGCAAAAGCUAUAAGUAUAACUUUGCAUUUGU